AUGUCCGACGUCCGUGUCCUCACCGGUCCCGAAGUUGCUGCCCACGCCAGUCGGGACGACUGCUGGAUCAUCGUCCAUGGCAAAGUCUACGACGUGACUGAGUUUUUACCUGAGCACCCGGGUGGCCAGGCCAUCAUCCUUAAGUACGCCGGGAAGGAUGCGACGGUUGCCUACGAGCCCAUCCACCCUCCCGAUGCGAUCACGACAAACCUGCGCCCCGAGAAGCACCUUGGCGUCAUCGAUGCGAGCACAGUAGCCAAGGUUGUCCAAGAGGUGACUGAGGAGGAGAAGCGGCGGCAGAAGUUCCUCGCAGCGCGGCCACCCCUCGACAGCAUCAUCAACAUGCACGACUUCGAGUCUGUCGCGCGCCAGGUCAUCACGGAGAAGGCUUGGGCCUAUUACUCGUCUGCGUCCGACGAUGAGAUCACCAUUCGUGAGAACAGGAUGGCGUACCAGCGCGUUUGGUUCCGUCCACGCAUACUCCGGGACGUGACCGUGGUGGACUGGUCGACGACGAUCCUCGGACACAAAUCCAGUCUCCCCGUCUACAUUUCGGCGACUGCACUUGGCAAGCUCGGGCACCCAGAGGGUGAACUCUGUCUUACUCGGGCAGCGGCAAACCACGGGGUGAUCCAGAUGAUUGCGACGUUGGCGUCGUGCUCGUUUGACGAGAUCGUCGACGCUGCCAAGCCCGACCAGACGCUCUACCUGCAGUUGUACGUGAACAAGGAUCGCGAGAUUACGAGGAAGUAUGUGCAGCACGCGGAGAAGCGGGGCGUCAAGGCGCUCUUCAUCACCGUCGACGCGCCCCAACUCGGCAGGCGCGAGAAGGAUAUGCGCAUGAAAUUUGUUGGCGAUGAUGGCGUCGCCAAAGUCCAGGAGGGCCAGGACGGUGUCAAGAAAGAUCAGGGCGUUGCCCGCGCCAUCAGCUCCUUCAUCGACCCCAGCCUCUCAUGGAAGGACAUUCCCUGGUUUAAGAGCAUCACAAAGAUGCCCAUUAUCCUGAAGGGUAUUGCUACGGCUGAGGACGCCAUCCUCGCGUAUGAGGCGGGCGUCCAGGGUAUUGUCCUCUCCAACCACGGUGGUCGCCAGCUGGACACCGCGCGAUCUGGUCUCGAGAUCCUCGUCGAGGUGACCGCGGCCCUGCGCGCGCGCGGCUACUUCCCCGACCCCAAGUUCGAGAUCUUCGUCGACGGCGGUGUGCGUCGCGCGAGCGAUGUGCUCAAGGCACUUGCCCUCGGGGCGAAGGCCGUUGGUGUUGGCCGGCCAUUCCUGUACGCAUUCUGUAGCUACGGUCAGGAGGGUGUGGAAAAGGCGAUCCAGAUCUUCAGGGACGAGUUUGAGAUGAACAUGCGCCUCUUGGGCGCGCGGACGAUCGACGAGCUGGUCCCGGAGAUGGUUGACGCGAGUGCGUUGUCGUCGCACAUCGUGAUGACACCACAGGACAACCUGUUCCAACAAACUUACCAACCCCUCGCCGGUGCCAAGUUCAACGAGAGCAAGCUGUAG